AAACAGGACUGAAUAUGUGCCAGUUACCCUCAUCCAGUGGAACACUGAUCUCAGUUUCAACUAAACUUAGAGAUUCACUAUCAGGCCUCGACAUCGUAUGGUCUGAUGUGUUUGAGUCUGAAGACUCUAAAGUAUGUAGGAAGCAUGAGACUGACUUUCUUAAAGGAGCCCCACCGAAGUGGCUGCAUUUCCACACACCUGCAAAAUCACCAUUCGUAGAAAGGGAUUGCUUUAAAAAUUUAAUAAAGUUAAUUUAGAAAAAAAAGGGGAAAAAAAAAAACGGCUGAUCAAUGAAGUUUCUUUGCGAUACCAGCCCGGGAGUGGAGGCUCAACUCUCUCCAUGCAGGUGCUUUGGCAUUUCCGGAAAGAUCUCAGAUGUGCCAAAGUGAUCGAUUCAGACCUAGACACGAAAGAGCUGUCGAAACAAGUGCUGGACCUCUUUCUGCUGUCUAAUGAACAACAUGCAAAACAAGAUUGGAAAACUGUGCUGCUGUUACUGGACAUUAAGGAAUACACAAACGAUGAUAUGUUAGUCAAGCGUACUCUCCGGAAAAACCUGAAUGAAGAAAUACGUGAGAGGGGAAUCAAUACAGACACUCCAGUUGUGAUCAUUUUUAAUUGCAGCCCCGCAGACUUUCCUACCAAUGUUCGUUCAACAGAUGAUGUGGAACUUACGAUGAAGCUCUCACCAGAGGAGAGGAAGAGGUUUGAUCAGAAAAAGAAAGAGCUAAAAAAGAAAUACAAUAACAUGUCACAGAAGUUUCAUGCCUUUAACAUCAUGCAGGGAGGUUUCAAGAAAGACGAUGCAGAGAAACUGAUCACAGCAGAAAUGGUGGAACAUAUUGAAAAAGACACAAAGUCAAGCAGCACAAGACUUCUCAGUUUUCUGGCUUUGAUAAACUCAUAUGUCCCAGGUUCACACUUGUUGAAGCUUUUCUGUGAGGAUUUCAUUUCCAGAAGUAAACAGCCUACAGAUGAGGAAAUCCCCAAACUGGAAACAAUAAUGAAGCCUUUUGAGGGUCUCAUAAUAACAUACUCAGAAGGAGAACAAGAAGACCAGUGCAUCUGUCUGGCACAUCCAAUGAUUGCUGAUGCCUGUCUAAAAAUACUCACUGAGCACAAACUGACAAGAUAUGAUAUCGCUCUUGACUUCUUGAACAGCAUGGUGAAAGAAAAGGAGAGUAAGUAUGAGAAAAUGUGCAAGAAGAUAUUCAUCACAAGACUUGAGACAGGACAGGGAAAGGACAAGUUUUCCAGACUGAUUCUUGAUAUCAUAAAGGAUACUGAUGCUAACCAGUGCAUUCCUUUGUUGGAGUUUGCUUUAGAAUUGUUCUCCACAGACCCUCACUAUCCUCAAAUAAUUGCACGCUUGUAUUGUAUUAUGGUAAAAGAGGACAACAAAUAUGAAAAGGCAGAGAAUUGGGCAAAACAGGCCAUUAAACGAGAUCCAAAAAAAUCGGAUAUCAAGGACACAUUGGGGCAAGUCCACAAACACCACCUGAGAAAUCAAUUUAAAAGACAAUCCUUAGACAUUGAAGUGUGUUUGGGUAUAACAAAGUCUGCCAUUGAAGCAUUUGAAGAUGAAGAGGAAGCAGCUGAAGUCGAGUCAGAAGAUAACACCAGAUUCAAUAACAGCGGCUCCUUUGGAUUUCUCCAGGUUUGCAGUGUCUUUCAUGAAAUGCAUCAGAAAAACCCUCACAAACAACAACACAGUGAUUUCAUCAAUGAUCUCAGAUGUAAGGUUGAGUCUAGAUAUGAUUUCUUUGAAUGGUAUCUGGCUUUCUCAAGACUAAGCCUCAAUAAAGAGGACCCAGACUACUUUCAUGAAGAUGUUGACGAGUGUUACUGGAAAUAUUUUAAACAGAGAGAGCAGACUGAUGAAGCGACCCUGAAUGAGAAAAAGAUGAAGUCUUUCGGAGGACUGCUUCAUUUCCUAAAAUCAGACAUCAAUGUGCUUAAACAAUAUAAAAGUACAUUUGAUAAUACACAGUCUGAUAAUGAAACCCAAACCGUUCUCUACAUCCUUGCUAACAUCAUCUUGAGUCAAUCAGGUGAUCCGUGUGAAAAAGCAGAAGAUCUUCAGGCCAGGUUACAGAGACUCUGGCUGAGAGAAAUGCAAGACAGAAGCCCAGAGUUUUACCUCUUGAUUCUUUUGCUCUUUUGGGCUGAUGAAGCACCGCCAGGAAUCACAAACCCUCCAAACCUUGAAAUGUGUGUCCAAGAAACGGUUAACUCUUACAAGAGAAAGUAUCAGAAAUACCUCCGCGGUCGCUACCUGGUGCCUCUGUUCUUCUUUAGGAAAGGAAAAGGUUUGCGGAGACUGGUUCACAUCUCAAAACUAAAUCAAAUGGAUCUGGAGCUCCUCACUGAAGGGGAUGAACAUGCAGAAGUCGAAUGUCUUCAGCGUAUCAACGGGGAAGUCAAGAAUGACAUGGAGACUGAUAAUGACAGAGUGUUUGCUGUUAAAGAUGGACAACAGAUUAAACUCACUCCUCACAAUCCGUCCAGUGUGUGCAAACCAGGCCAGGUGUCUUUCUACCUGGGCUUCACCAUCAGAGGACCAGUCGCCUUCAACAUCAGAUAUGAAGAGAAAUCAAAAGAGCCAAAUGAGUACAGUGAAUAUGUCCAGACUCUGAAUGUGUGCUUGUCCUAUGCUUAUAAUGAGGAAGAUCGAAUGUCAAGGCAUGCUAAGGAUCUUCAGAAAAAGCACUAUGACACUAAGCCAAAGGCUACAUGUUCCAACCUGAAACAGCCAGGGAUUCUAGUGUAUGUGGUUCAUCCAGAAGAUGGUGACAGGGAAAGGGUCAUCCAACAAAAUCUUCUGUCCCAGUGCAUGUUUUUCCCGUUGAGUUCCAAGUACCUUGCCGUAGAAGAGCCUGACAUGGAGGAAGUGUCUGGAAUGGACUCAAGUGUUUCAGAGGAAGAUGAGGAAGUAGUGGUGUAUGAAAGUUGUUUAGAGGUUGGACGUCCCAUAAGGAGGGAAUUAGGUGUCACAGGGUCUAUAUCUGCUAUAUCUGAGGAAACAUAUCCCAACGGCCUGGAGUUUAAUAUGCCCUCCACUUCCACAAGUACAGUGAUCAGUACUUCCUCUGGCACGGAUUGCGAACCAAGGGAGGUGCGCAGUGCAGUCUUAAGAGACCUAACCUCUCUCUCCCAUGAUCCCAUGAUGGUGGGUUUAGACGGAAAUGGAUCUACUGAGUAG